UCGACAUCGAUGAGAGAUGUUUUUUUUAUUUUUUCACUUCUGUUUUGUUUUCAUUUGAGAUUCCUACAUUGUGUACAGUUUUUGUCGGGAAAAAACGGAAAUUCCCGGUUUUCUGAGUGAUCCGCAGACAUUUUACUGUGCGAAUGUCGAUUAUGACCAAGUUAUUCGGGUUAAUUCAUAACAGCACGAUUGAUCCAAUGUGACAACAAAUCGAUGAUAUGUGAAUGGAAUCCGCCGGAUGAUAAAUGCAUUAGUGUAGUCGCGUGAAAUUCAUGUCAGCUUGCGUGUGUAACUGCAUGCGACAUUUAUUAUAUCAAAAUUGAAGCAGGCAAGUCGGAGCACUAGAGCACUGUCACAUUCACCCUUGAACGAAAGCUCCAGCCGUUCGGAACCAUUCGGCAGCGGGUUUCUCGAAUGUCAAGAAGGAAGUAAAUCAUAUGUGCUCACUUAAUGCCGGAACGUAUCAGGACAGUUCGGCUCUUGGAACCGAAUAUUCAGUUAUUCUUGGUACAAUUAAUGAAAUUCAAAAGCUGCACAUUCGAACGGUACAAAUAGGAACAGGAAGCUUCUCAAUAGUUUGGUAUUAUAACGGUGCGAAUGGAUCUUCAGGACUCGAGUGGUCUGACUCCUUCGAGACAGAGCACGUGACUCAGACGACAAAUGUAACUUACUCGAGCAGCAUGGCAAUGCUUAAGCCAGGAGCCAGCAGUGCCGAGUUUGGUCAAGAAGUUGAAAUUCACAAUCUACUUAUCAUCGAUCAGAAUACGUUCGAGUUGCUACAUGCACAUCAAUUCAUGCAAACGGAGUAUACUAUGUCACUGAUUUCGGCGAAGUUGGGUAACGACUCGAAUACUUAUUGCAUCGUCGGCACAGCACUAGUACAUCAAGUGGAACCGGAACCCAAAGUAGGAAGGAUUAUCAUCUAUCACUACGCGGAUGGAGCCCUCACUCAAGUUAGCGAGAAGGGAAUCAAGGGCGCGUGCUAUUCUCUCAUUGAGUUUAACCGUCGUGUAUUAGCUAGCAUCAAUUCAACUGUACGAUUGUAACCAUUUCAUUAACGUGUUGGCAUUAUAUUGUAAAACCAAGGGUAAACAAGAUUAAUCGGCCUUAUUCUGCGUGGCGUGUGAGGUGAGAUGACAAUUGUCACUUAUGUCACGCGAUUCCACCAGGCGUAUGCCGUGAGAAAUCUCACUUUAAUUAAACUCUCACUUUAUUCCCGCUCUCAAAUAUACGUGACGAUUGUCACAUGAACUGGGAUUUCUAGGUGACAAUCGUCGACAUGUCUUGAGGUGUCGACAGUGCAUGAAAACAAAUGAAAAAUUGAAGAGGAAUAAUAAGUGUUUUUUGGGUCGUAUAGAAUCGAUAGUAAUGGUAUUAUAUGUAUCAAUAAAUUCAAUUUAUCUUCAAUUUUCACAGUACGAGAGACAAAUUGCAAGUAGUUUGUUUUUUUUUGUUGUGAAAGCGGUAGUGAUUCUGUUAUUCCUCAAUUGGACGAAUAAGCACACCGAAAUUAUUUUCAUUUCAUGAAAUCUAUUUAUUUUCUCUAAAAUAUAUCUAUCACAUGGAUCUUGUGUUUCAUCUAUCUAUCCGCGAGUCAUCGUCACCGAACUGCAUAUCCAUUUCAGAAGCCGUGGUAUAUGCCCGAGCCGGAGCCAGAGCAACAAUUUAACACUGAGAGUGCAGAGAGCAGCAGCAACUACGACCAAAACAAACAAAAAUGCUAAACUUUACAGGAUGCAAUCAACUGUUUCACCAAAUCUAAAUCAAAUACCUGCAAAUUCGGCAGAAUGUCCUGAUACACUAACAACAGGCCAGGUUAAAUCAGAUCUAUAGAUACGGUACUGACUGCAGCAAAACAAAUAUCUGACCUCUCUGAGCGAAACAAAUAAAAUUCUGGGAUGCCAGAUGUUUUUUCUCAAAUAUAUGCGAUAAAAAUUUGAAAUAUUUGUAAAUAUGUGCUAAUGUCUGACAUACUGACCAGCUUCGUUUAUCAUAUGGAAUCAAUAAUGUUUUGUCACUAUUUUAAAUAGCCUGCAGCAGGAAUAAAAGGUUGUGAUAAAAGUUAAAUGUCUGCAAAUUCGUGAACAAAUGUGCGAAUGUGGCAUCUUUGAUCAGAUUUGGCAACCAGCAGAAUGAACGCCUUGUCACUUGCUGUUCAUCCUCUCACAUACAUCAAAUGAACCUCUCACGGCAUCCGAAACGACUGUAGGAAUAGAGUGAGGAGAGUUGCGUGAUGGUGAUGUGACAAUUGUCAUCUCACCUCACACGCCGCGUAGAAUCAGGCCGAAUAACUUGGAUUCCUCAGAGUAGUGGUUUUUUUACAGGCGACUUCAUUUUGGUGGGUGAUUUGAUGCGAUCGUAAUUUUGAGGAGAUCGCUCGCGACUAUUAACCAAAUUGGAUGACAGUGAUUUCCUCGGGCGGAUAACAGAACAAUCUAUUUGUUUGCCUAAAAGAUGUAAGUAAGAUUUCCGUAGCUCUGUUUAUAAUACGAACAAUUUUUGUUUUUAUUUGAAGGGCCGCAGCAACGGACGACGAACGAUAGCAAGUACCAAAGGUUGCUCAAUGCGAUCUCGGUGAUAUGGUCAAUGUAUUCCGCUACGGUUCGCUCGUGAUGCAAAACUUUGGUGAGCGAACGACGGCGACAACGGGUUGUGUGCUAUUUGGCAUAGUUAUCGAUGCAAUUGGUCUGGUCACACAAAUACCACCCGAUUAUUAUGAAUUAUGAAUUUCUUCGAAUAUUUUUUUUUCAGUGAACGUAUUGUUUACUACACAUUAUUUUAAUUCGAAUAGUCAUGAAUAUUGUAUUGGAGGAAUAUUAAAAUAUGUUAUGGGAUACAAUUUAUAUUUCAUUCAAAGUGAUCAGGUAUACCUAUAAGGUUGGAUAUUUCCUAGCGUUCGUAUUUUCUCAUCGGACUUGACACUUUCAAGUGUCAAAUCAUAUUCUGAAGAAAUAUCGACCCUACGAAUUAAUAAAUAGGUUAGUUGAUCUUGGAAUGCGAUCAUAUUACUUAUUCUUAUUCGACAGCUUGUUUCGCUCAAGCUGAUCCUGCAGCGCGAUGUCUUUCUUGAACUCUUCCUCAAGCGAACGUAUUAUGCCACCACCACCGUGGCUUUCAUCACUGAGCAGAACUGAAAGACCAGUUGUACCCGCAGAUGACAACAGGAAAAUGUUGCUGCUGUUGGUGCAACUGAAGCUGGUGGUGGUUUCCCACUAAAGCAUAUGUGGAUUGGAAUGGGCGACCAUUUGGGCGAAUAGGUGCCACCACUAUCGUCCGGACCCUCCUGAGACUAACGCUUACUAUCGAAACCUCCAUCACUUGUGUUGUAUCCAGAAUCGAAGUGAGCACGUCUGUUCCGGGUAUCGUCCAACAGGCUACCGGAGGAAUUUUUCGACGAGCGCCGACCUCCGUAAGGAAGUUUUUAGGCAAUAUACAACGCUUGGUUUUGCAGAAAAUAUUUAGCGAUUGUAGUGUCAAAAAAUAACAAAGCGAAAAAAAAUUAACAUUCGUUUCUAUAAUUUACAAUCGUCUUAUAAUAAUAAACUUGAUGGGAAAAUCUAACGACAAAUCAAUCGGUGCAAUUUUGCAGAAUAUAAAUUAGAUAGUGAGAAUUUGUAUCGAAAUUCCGCUUGCAUAAAAAAUAUAACAAUGAUAGAACGAAGCACGUUAUUAAGAAAAACCACAAACAUAUAAAAAUACAAUCAUGAGGAACGGUAAUAUAUAGUACAAAACAUCAUUAACUUUGAAUGUUACAAAAUAUAACCAUUUCUGCACUGGUAAAUGCAUUGUAAGAAUCCAGUUCUCUCGUAACAUGUAAGAAUUGAUCUGUACAAUUCGAUGUUUCCUAAGUUCUAGCGCUCAUGGGACCACGUUUCUGUUGACACAAUUUUUGCGUGACGGAGAGUAGUUGCUCCUGCAGUCGGCUUUGCAGAGAAAUAUGUACCAUAUUUGUCACCGGCCGGUUAGCAGUUUGACUAAGAACCAAAAAAACUGACUAAGAACGUUGCAUGUUUAGACGAAUCGAUUGUACGAAUUGCUGCACAACUGUAUUUGGUUCACCGUUGUUAAUCACAGCGGUAGCGGCAGCAAUUCGACUGUUCUGAUCACAAAGCGCCUUGCGUUGAUUCUGCAGUUUUUUACGGAGUAAAGCUUUCUGCAUUAUGGAUUGGGUAUGGAACUAAAGCUCACGUUGGGAUGGAUAACGCGGCUGUUGGGUUGAUUUGUGCUGUUGUUGCAUUUGUGGAGGAUCAGUUGCAUUCUCAACGUUGUUUUUUUAUGAGCAUUCGGCGACUAAUCGAUUGGCGAGGCCUUGAUUGAAGUAUCUUCAUCGAAUCCACAAAGUUCGAUUGUGCCCAGGCGAGAGGUAUGUCCUGCCGACACCCAUUAUGGCUCUUCCUCGUUUGCUGUAUCUUGGUGUCGUUGUUCAUCUGCACUUAUGAAGUUUUUCACAGUAACAUGUUGGUUCCGGUUGUUGAACUCGUAAUUGCGACGGAACCUUGCUGCAAAUUUUUACACAUAGUCAUCUACUGCUACCGGACGGCGGUUGCAUAGCAGGGAUUUUUUCAGUGCCAAUAGCUUACUAGUCGUCGAAUGGGGCGGACACACACGUUUUGCAUGUCCGAUAGUAUGAUAGCCGGCAAUCCGCAAUUUGGAAUAGCCGGAUCUUAUUCCUCUAGCGGAAGAUUAUCUGCGUUCAACAAUUUCGAACAAUCAUAUUAUUCAGAGUACAAAUCGUCCGGACAUGUUUUAAGAAAUCUUACCAGUUUUAUAUCUCGUUUUUAUUAAGCUGCACAAAUCAAAACCACACAAAUAAACUCAAACGUUCAGAUAACUCUGUAUCAUAAAUUAAACACGAUCUAGAGUGCCUAUAAGGAGAGUGACGACAUUCUAUCCCGAACAAAAUAAAUGUCUUUGGCAACAAUGAAAUUUACAGCUGGUAGCACUGGUUCAGUUUAAGCCUUCAAGUGGCUCUUGCGAAAUGAUGCUUUUGUUUACUUUUUGUUGUACUUUGAUUGUCGCUUUAGUGGUUUAUUGCGUUUAGUUUGAGUGAGAAAGCAUAAGAAUUUGUUCGAAACAAUGAAGUGUUUUGCUAAAUAUUGCACAAAUAAAACAACACCGGGAUUCAAGAACAUCGGGUUCUUUCGAUUUCCAGCGGAUGAAGACCUGCAAGUUGCAUGGAAAAAGUUCUGUGGAUUCCCAGAUCAUUUCGAAAUUACAGCUAGUUGUCGAGUGUGCAGCGUAAGUAAAAAUCGUUGAAGCAUAAGAAGCUAACUAAAUAUUUGCGAAAAACAGUUUCACUUUCUGCAGGAGGAUGUAUAUUUUGCUUCCGGCCAAGGAAAAAUUAUGCGGCGACGUACGGCAGUCCCAGUGUACGAUUGCGUUCCACAGAUCGCCGACUUUACUCUCGGAGAAGAUGACCUGACCGCGGACGUAUCGAAUGCGAGCAGUACCAUUGAGGAACCUGGUUCGGCAGUUAACACAGAGGUGUCCUUCGAAAAUAUGAUUCCAGUAAACUGCUCCCCGUAUGACGAACACCAAGCUGUUUGUGCUGGCACAAAGAGGAAAUAUGAGAGUUACUUGAACAAUGUAAACCGGGAAGUAGUCGAAUUAAAGAAGCGCUGCCAUGGUCUCGAAAAAGUUGUCAACCAAAAGGAGCACUUGAUUACACAACAAGCGAAAACUACUGAUCUGGCUCUAAACGCUCUCAAAAGGACAUUUAACUCCGAUCAAGUCGACAUGCUUUUGUACCAGAAAAAACGACCAGGGCAGUGGAGUAAUGAGACUGUGACAGAAAGCCUUAAGAAAAAUUCGUGUGCGGAACGAAGGGUUACGAGCACCAGCGGAGUAAAUAUCCUCUUCCAUCCGAACGCACGUUGCAACGAAAGGUGGAAGAUUUGUCUUUCAACCCAGGAAUUUUGGACGAUGUAUUGGAGCUUUUGAAGCUGAAAGUCAGUACAAUGCCUCCAGAAGAUCUCGACUGUGGGCUCAUUUUUGAUGAGAUGUCCAUCGAAGAAGCGAAGAGCUUUUGUGUGUCUACCAGUCAGUUCUAUGGUGACAUAACCAUCCCUGGUCAAUCUGGACUGGCAACUCAUGCGCUUGUGUUUGUUUUGGUGGGAGUAAGAGCCAGGUGGAAGCAAACCGUCGGUUAUCACUUCACGGGCAACAGUAUCCCGGAUAAUGAUCUGAACGAGAUCAUCUACAAAAUUAUUCAGGAAGUGGAGUCAUUUGGAUGUAAGGUGCAUUUUCUCACCUCAGACUGCGGUCCAAAGAAUAAAAAGUUGUGGAACGCUCUGGGUUUGAAAUUCCACAAACAUGUAGUGCUCAAUAGUGAGGCUAUCGAGCACCCAACAGUUUCGUCGAGGAAACUGGAAAUCAUUCCAGACGUAGUCCACGUUUUCAAGUCGGCUGUUCAAGGAUGGAUUAAAAAUGAAGUGCUGUGGCUACCACCGGAUGUGGUGGCAUCUAAUGGGUUCUGUUCGAAUGAAGUCAAUAUUCAACACCUUCACGAUCUCGUACACUACGAACAGCAAAACUUGCUUAAAGUCGCCCAUAAUCUAAAACCGGAGGAUGUAGAAUUCGAAAAGAAAAGGAACAACUUUGAUGUGAUGAAGGUCAUCAAUUCUGAAAAAAUUGUAAACCGUAAUGUUUCGGCCGCACUUCGAUUCUACAGCCAUGCUGCAAACCGACCUGAAGUUCUACCAACCGCAUAUUUCAUAGAAACACUAUCACAAUGGUUUCAACUCUCGAAAAAUAGAUCGAUGAAAAUGGCUUUGAGCAAAGAAAAUUCGCAAAAGUAUAAGGAGACGCUGCAGUUCUAUAUUUUUUUCAAAAAAUUCAUUUACGCUGUGGAGGUAGGACAUAAACGGUAUUGGAAACCAUGGCAGGCAUCCAUAAUUCUAGCAACGAAUGCCAUACUCAGGUUGCAAGACAUGUUCUUGAACGUGAAAGGGUACAGCUUCCUAUUUACAGCGAGAUUCACUCAAGAUUGUGUCGAGAAUAUCUUUUCUCUAAUUCGAAUACGACAGAAGAAACCUACCGCCUUGCAAUUCAAAUGCUUCCUAAAAUCAUUAACCAUUUCACAGUAUUUGACAGUGGUUUCCGGGUCAUCUUAUGAGACAGACGACACAGAUUGGCUUUUGAACUUUCCCUCUAACGUGAAGCAAUUGAAGGAGAAAAAAGCCAUUGAGGAGCGGAAAGUACCUGAUAUAAACGAACUGACUAAGAUAGACACGCAGGCAGCAUUGAAGGAAAUUAACGACAAUGAGAAGAAUGUGGUCUAUCACCUUGCUGGAAUGGUCGUUUAUAAAGUGGCAAAGCAUGGCGCAGUUUGUUAACAUAGUGUUGAAAAAUGCUUAGCCACUGAACCAUUUAUCUCGGAUUACACAAAACUAACCAUUACUAAAGAUUUCACAGGUCAAGCAUUGGUAUACGUGAAUGAACCAACCUUUAUCUUUUUUUUUUGAAACUGGAAAUUGUAUUCAGAAGCGAGUUGAAAAAUAUGGAAAACGAUACCGUGUUUGAUGUAAUUAAAGCGCAACUCGCAAACAUUCCAGCUACACAUUUCAAUGAAUGUCAUGAUUUAAAAAAGAAACUAAUAAGGCGGUUCUUGUAUUUCCGGUUGAAAAUUCAUCAGCCAUAGAAAAUUCAUAAGAAUAAGUACGAUAGUAGAUCGAUGGCAAUGUAACUCUAUUGAUCGACAGGUUAGAUGUUCCAGAAAACAAUAAAUAGUAUAGUAUAAUCCAACUCUUGUUCAUUCAUUUCAUUUUUGCCAUUCCUGUAAAACCGAAAGUUUAAUUUAUGGAUAACGAACAGAUUCUUUUUUAUUUUUUUAA